GUUUUUAUUUCGUUUUUUCGUUUUUUUUUUUACUUCUGUUGACAGUUUGUUGUGGUCUUUGUUGCCAAUGCUCAUUGUGCGUCAUACUAAUUAAUGUGCAUACUCGUAUCUGUAUGUAAGCCGCUUUGCGAUCUGCUGUUCUCCUAAUUACUAACCCAUCGCCGCAUUUGCUGAUUUCGGUUACACACACACACACACACACAAACACCGUUGCUUAUGCCAAUUACCCACAGACAUUUUAUUUUAUUCAAAAUUCAAAUAUGUUAUAAAUGGUGUGUGAAUGAUUGUCUGUGAAUACGGGCUAUAUGGGUAGAAGAACACAUACGCUACGUUAUUACCGUUUGUAAGUACAAUAAUUUCUAUAAUUGAUAUUGUGGCGACCGACGUGUUUAGCAUAUGUAAUAAGUGUUUUGUUAAUUGUGCGCGGAAUACAGUGAAAUACAGUGAACCUGCGCAUACAAUGGAGCCGAAGAAGUAUUUAAGAAGACCUCGAUUCGCUUUAACGCUUUUGCUGUCAUUAAUAUUCAAUAUUGCUCUCAUAUAUUUCUUAUUUUAACUGCUGUAAAAGUUCUUUUGGCGCACAAAUUCUUGUUGUCGUUUUGAUUUUCAAUUUAUUAUUCCAAAGUGUGUACCUCUAUACUGCAUGCGGGUCAUCAAAACUCUAAUCGGUUGGAUGGAUUUCUAAGGGGACCAAAUUUCUUAGUUUAUUUUGAUUUUCUCUCCGAUUGUCCAUGUAACAUUUUCAAUAUAUGUAUUUUUGAUAUCGAAAAAAUCGUAACCCUUUAAGACAAAAACUCAUGUGCACCUUAUUGUAAAAUUCGCCAGACUUGCCUGCAUACAUAUGUAUGUAUUUACAUACCCAUCUAUUUGAGUACUAAGUAUUAAGAAAUAAACAAAAAUAGUGCGAUUACUCAUCGCAUUUCGUCCACCAACAGAAUCCCAUGUUAGUUAAAAACAAAAUACGAAAAUACAAAAAGAAAAAUUUGCUUCAACUUGCGCACAAGUUACACUCGCAGACGAUUUUCUCCAAAUCAGCCUGCCGUGCCGAUAUACUAAUACUCUUGCACGAUUUUCGAAAUGUUGUUUUCCUGAGACAAGCAUGUUUAUUGCAAUAGUGAACUAGUGAAUUAGAUGCUUAAUGAAAAUUGUGUAAAUAUGUCAUGGAAGAACCUCCUCUGCUCAGUUUUUAUUCUUCCAUUACUCUCUUCUUUGUAUUUGCUGUUGGUCGGCGAAGCAGAGAAGCAAAGAGGAACCAGAUGAUCGUUCAGUUAAACAGCCAAUGGCGUUGGUCUCGGCUUGGCCCCGAAUACUACAUAAUUUAGCAGUUGGGCACGCAAUCAAUACCCCACACAGCACAGAAGUAAACAAAAACUGCUACUCUUUCAAUGUCAAUUUCCGCUCACCAUUUCGCAGUGACGAAUAUACAUAUGUAUGAAUGGAGAAAUAGGCAUUUGUAUGUGGUGGUAUUACAGUUAACCGAGAAAUAGAUGCUGAGGUUUAGCAACUUCAUUGACAAAAUAUUGGAUUGAAGUUGGAAAAAUACCUACUUGUACUACACCUAGUUCUAUAUUACUUAACGAAGAGUUAUUGCUGCUGUCAAGAACUUACAAACUGUCAAGAAGUGUUUGACUUAUAAUUUAAUUUUGCAAUGCCCUCACUAAUACGUUAUAUUACACCUUGUGGCUGUGUUUGGAUUAUAACUGAUUUUCUGCGACUGUUUUGCAUAUACUUAGGCGCUGAAUUAAAUCGCUCAUACGCCCUGUGUUUUGCAGCUAAAUGCUGAAGUUUUCCCAAUUACUUACAAAUUAGUUGGAAAUUAGUAUGUGCCGAGUAUGUCUCCGUUGCUAGGCUCUGACGUGAUGAUUCGGUAAAUGAUUAAUCAUAAAUUAUUGUAGAGUGUGAAUAGUAUUUUCAUUUUCAUUAAGAUAUGCAUAUGUACAUUUCUAAAUGUAGCGUUGGUUGGUUAGUUUCUCUUUACACGUCUCUCUUUAUGUUGCGUUUGGAGUUCUCAGUCGCAAAAUCUCAUUAGAUUUUGAAAAUUUGCUUUCGAAUGAGAAAAAAUAUUUUCGAACGGACUCUCUUGAUCUCCCAAGAGAAUAUAAUUUUCGAAAAUAACAUCUUGAUGUUUUCGAAAACUUUUCAACAACUACGCUAGAGUAGACAACGUCAACUUUGGCGCAUCAGCCAAAAAACUGUAGUGCGGCAAUAGCUUCGUGAAUUAUAGAUCGAUGUGUACGAGCUUUGCAGCCAAUGGCCGAACUGAGUGUUCGUGGCCAUUUCGAAUAAUGUGUUUUGAAAAUUCUUAUUGUUAGUGGUAAAUGAGAGUCGACUGUGGCGGGUGUAGUUUUAUUAAUAAUCGUGGUGUCGACUGGAUUGUAAUCGUUAAGAAAAUAAGAAUCAAUUAUAAGAAAAACAAAAAUACGAACGAAUAUUUAGAAUUCUUGAUUCCUGAUUCGAGCGAUUGCAAUAACUUCGCGUUUUCAUUUUGAAAAUACACGAAAUGGUAGCCUUUUCAGCGAAAUUCAAAGAAUGUGCAAAAAAAGGAAAUUUUUAAAUUUAAUUAAAUUUAAAUUUUUUUUUUAUAUGUAAUUGUAAAAUAAACGAAAAAGCGCUAAGCACUCGCUAGAUACGAGCAUAAUAACCCAUUGCUGUAUUAAAAAUAAAAAGUGUUACAUACAAAUCAAUGAAAACAAUUUAAAGCAAAACAUGAUAAAUUCAUUGCAAACAGUAUUGACGCAAAAGCGCUACAAAAACGGAACCAUUAACUUCAAGAAUAGUCACACCAACAAAAACAACAGCAGCAUCUAACACAAGAGCCGUCUGAAGGAAAUAAUUCGAAAAGUUUGUCUGUCAGCGUCGCCAUACACUAUUAUAUGCAAGUACACAGACCCAUACAAACCUACGAACGUACCCAAGUACAUAUGAAGAGCAAUUUUUGCCAAGAGCAAAAGCCAAGGAGUGACCUAACGGCUAAACGAACAUUGGCAAUAGGAAAUAUUCUUAGACAUGCAGCUAUUUUUGGCAAAGCUAAUUUUUUCUACAGCAUAACAUCAAAGAUUUAUUAUUAUUUACCUAUCCCGACCGCCCAGUGAAGAUAGGCAAAUCACACUAACGAGCUGCCUCUCCAUUGAACUCAAUAAUGGUUUUUGUAAUUUCUCGUCUUCAAUUAUUAUUUGAUUUGAUAAUACCGUUUUAAUAAUUAAAUUAAAUAAAAACUCGUACAGAUAUUAUUCGCUUAUUUUUUCAUAAAAAUAACUUCGGUCUAUUUUGUGAACCAAAAUAGAACUUCCUCAUUUCCAUAAGGUCAAAUUGAAAUGUGCUUCUGUGUGUAGAUUAAACAGGCGUGUGCUACGCAAUGAAAAAUAUAUAAACACGCGAAAGUGGAAUGUAAACAAAACGUAGAGGCAAAGAUCAUUUCGAAAUAAGAACUUAAAUUGAACGCUUCCACUCUUUUACUAGCCAAUACGCACCCCACCUAUGCAUUUCUCUUCGUAGCAAUCACUUGGUAACAAUUAUUUGAGGAUUGGUAUUUUCAUUGGUGAUGGUUUGAAAAUGUUGUGAAAUAUCCCGGAAAUUGGACUGUUCGCUAAACAUCAAAUAUAACGGAUUAAAUAGUGCUUUUACAUAUUUUUUUUUUUACUUUUUUGGAAAAUAAAGCGAAUUCAAUGUGAGUUUAUUGAUUUAAAAUAAAACGGGCACGGGGAAAGGUGAAAGGUGAAAAUAACAAAACUAAACUAUCUGCAACCAAAAGCACUUUGAAGUGGUAGCAAUCGUUUCGCAGUGGAAUAACGGUAGUAUAAGCAAUAAAAUAAUAUAAAUUGAACAAAAGUAAAGAAUGGCCACAACAUUCUUGAAUCGAUUUCAUCGCGAAAAAAGUGAACGUCAGGGGCUGGUGGCGGCAGAUAACAAUGUCAACAGCAAAUCGAAGAAGAAAGACAAAGAUAGUGGCAGCGGCGGAAAAGCUGCUGAUGACACAAAUGGCGUUGGGAUCAUGUCUCCCACGCCAACAGAUAUGCCGAACUCGGAGACAGCAACACCAUUGCCACCUCCAACAUCUGAGGCGACAAUUACUGCGACAACAACAACUGCAGCAACAACGUCGCAGCAGCAGCCAUCUCGUCAACAGCGCCGCUACAUACGCAGCGCCACAGCGGCGAGUGUAACACAGCUCUUGUCGGAAAGCUAUAGCAGUCUCUUACAAAGAUUCCGUCGUCAUCCGAGCGAACGACCCGAUAAAAGCCAAAAUCAGCAGCACCAAAAACGAAAUCGUGAUAUUAAAGGUGCUGCAAACGACGAACGUCGGGAUACCAGUAAGACGCCAACAAACUUCGAUAAUAAUAAUUCAAAGUCGGUGAAAGAUCGCGAAAGGCUGUUCGAUAAUUGUGAAUCUGCUACCAACAAUAACAAACACAGCAACGAGAUGUCGGAGCGUCGACGUUAUUAUGGAGGAGGCGGAGCAGGGGGUGGCUAUUAUGCCGGUGGCGGUGGCACCAGUACAGGCCGCUAUCAGAAAAGCGCAACUGCCGUGUCCGCACUGGAUCGUUUACGGUCGAACUUGAGUCCCGUUACGUCAUAUUAUAAGCCUCUAAUGCGCAGCUUUGGGCGGCGUGCUGAUGACGAUAGAAAAGACACUGACAAAGACAGAACUCCCACCGCUGGUGGCACCAGCAAACUUUCGGCCAUAUCCCGUCUCGAAAACAAAUAUUCGGAUGUCUUAGAUCGCCAUAGGCAUCACGAGGACGACCGCGACAAAACACUCGAGCCCGAUGAAAACCGAAAUCCUCUCUCCAAAUCAUCAACUUCGCAUCAGUUGUUGGGUGCUGGGCGACCAAAGUUGUCAUCAGGCUCCUUUAAUGCAGUCGACCGAAAGGAACGUACGCCGUACCGCCUCGGACGAAAUAAGACUAAUCGGUAUUUGGGUGAUUCGAAUGAUAGCGGGUACAUAACGAGUACGAAUGGCAGUGCGCGUGGCGACCAUACAACAUUACUCGACGAAAAUUAUCCGCUAGACUAUGGUGGAAGUAGAUAUCGACGGAAUUAUGAAGUGCCACGACACCAUUUGGAAAACUAUGAAGCGCUAAGAGCCGGUGGCGCAAUGGGAUAUGCGCCAGGUUCUAGCCGUUCCGGCCGUGGAGCGGAAUAUGCCGCUGGCUAUAACGCACGUAGCUACAGAAGUCGUGAUGUGUACGAUGAUUAUGGCAACGGCGCUGGUGGCGGAAUCGGCGGCAGCAGUUCACGCAACAGACCUCGUGCUUACGGUCGAAAUAAGACAUCGGAAAAUCUAUUGGCAUCCGCUACUGAAACUGUGCCUAGUGCACAUUCUUCUUUCCGUCCAGACUACGAGGAUUAUGGGGUACCGAAUUCUCGAAAUCGGUUUGCUCAUCGUCGCAAAGAAAAUAUCACACAACGUGUACCAACGCGCAGGGAAGAACUCACAGAUGAAGAUCGUGAGAUACUCAACGAUGAGCGGUCGUCUGCUGAUAAUGCCGCUAUCUUGCUGCUUCUCAAAGAAGAUAAUCAGUAUCUGGAAGCGCGUAAAUUUGAAGAACGUAUGCGUAAACGCAAGGAGCUUCAGGGACGUUUGUUACGUUAUGCGCAAGAGGAUGCGGCUGCCGCGGCAGCUGAGAAAGUUAAGUUGGAAAAAAAUAGUGAGAAGGAAAUCGAAACUAAAAAGACGGAGGCGAAUAGUUCAAAACAAGAAAUCAAUGCCAACAAUGGAGGGGAAGCAUCAAAUGCAAUGUCUACUACACAGAAGACAACAAGCAAUCUAAAAAAAGUAGCUAGUCCAAUUAUCGAUAGUGAUAGUUCUUCGGAAAGUAGCUCUGAAGAAUCCGAUAGCAGUAGUCAGGGAGAUAAACCCGCAACCUCACCUACUACUAAUUCGAAUACUAUAACUACAACAGCUCUUGCUAAAGACACAGAAGACAGUACUAAAGUCCCUACAACCACAAACCUCAGUACAUCCAAAGAGUUAGCGUCUCAGUCAACCUAUACUAGUACACCAAGCUCCACAUCUUCUGCUGGCUCAAGUGUUACCGCACUACAUGCAGAUCGUAAUAAUAAUGACCUCUCCAAGUACAGACCAACUGCUGGUUCCAGUUUCAAAUCGAACGGCGGACUCAUGCACUCUUCGAGCUCAGGGGCUUUGGCGUUUGGUGGCAUUAGCGAACGUCUAGCCGCUGGACGUUCACAACGCUACCAGCCGGCUACAUCUUCGCGCACUGCUGCGCUGUUGGCUGAUUUAGAUACCCUAGGCCCGACAGCAGACAGCAGCAGCAGUCGUUAUCAGCAGUACAAGAAUCCUCUAAACGAUUCAUACAAAUCCUCAUAUCUCUUCGAUCCAUACUAUUCAUAUGGCGGCGCUGGGGGAUCUAGCGUUGCCAGUAGUCGUCGGACGGGGACAGCCGCUGGACUCUCAUCGUCCACUUCAGCUUAUCAACGCCAGCAGAUCCAUGCUUACCAACAGCAUCAGCAGCAACAACUGCACCAAUAUCAACAACACCAACACAUCUUGUCGAAGAGCGCCACAAGCGCGGCACUCUUCCAGAGAUCGCGCAUUCCAAAAACCCUCUCAGCCUUUACAGCAAAGCCCGUCAUACAAGAUGAUGCUGAUGGCCACUUGAUAUAUCACAACGGCGAUAUACUUCAUCACAGAUAUAAGAUCAUGGCUACUCUGGGCGAGGGUACGUUUGGACGUGUCGUGAAGGUCAAGGACAUGGAGAGGGACUUUUGCAUGGCCUUGAAGAUCAUCAAAAACGUUGAGAAAUAUCGCGAAGCUGCGAAGUUGGAAAUAAACGCGUUGGAAAAAAUCGCUCAAAAGGAUCCCCAUUGCGACCAUUUGUGCGUGAAAAUGAUUGAUUGGUUCGAUUACCAUGGCCACAUGUGCAUCGUUUUCGAGAUGUUGGGUUUAAGUGUGUUCGAUUUUUUGCGCGAGAACAACUAUGAACCAUAUCCAUUGGAACAAGUACGGCACAUGGCCUAUCAAUUAUGCUAUUCGGUGAAAUUUUUGCACGACAAUCGCUUAACGCACACUGAUCUCAAACCUGAAAAUAUACUCUUCGUAGAUUCGGAGUAUACGACGCAUUAUAAUCACAAAAUAAAUCGCGAAGUGCGUCGCGUUAAAAACACCGAUGUUCGCCUAAUUGAUUUCGGUUCGGCUACAUUUGAUCACGAACAUCAUAGCACAAUUGUAUCUACACGUCACUACCGUGCGCCGGAGGUUAUUCUUGAGCUAGGCUGGUCGCAGCCCUGUGACGUCUGGUCUGUUGGUUGUAUUCUCUUCGAGCUGUACCUAGGCAUAACACUCUUCCAAACGCAUGACAAUCGUGAGCAUCUAGCGAUGAUGGAGCGGAUCCUUGGUCAAAUACCAUAUCGUAUGGCACGUAAUCAUUGUCAUUACAGCAAAACAAAAACAAAAUACUUUUAUCACGGUAAGUUAGACUGGGAUGAGAAAUCUUCGGCUGGCCGUUAUGUGCGCGAUCAUUGUAAGCCGCUGUUUAGAUAUCAAAUGAGCGACACGGAAGAUCACUGCGAACUUUUCGAUCUGAUCAAGAAAAUGUUGGAGUAUGAACCAUCGCAACGCGUGACGUUAGGUGAUGCGCUGCGCCAUCCAUUCUUCGACAAGCUCCCACCGCACCAACGCGUUGGUGAAAUCGGCAAUAUAAAACAAGCGAUUUCUUCGGGCAGCAGCAGCAGCCGCGAACGUUCGCAUAGUUUGUCAAGAUGAGAUUUGGCGCGAUUUGGUUAUUGUUAAUUAAAAUUAGAACUGCAACAGCGAACGACACAGGAGUAGGAGAAGAACAAUGGACAACCAGCGAUAUAAAUAUAUAAAUUCAAUACAAUGAACUAAAUAGCAUAAGUAAUACAGAAGAACAAGCAUUGGGAUUAGGCGCGUGCCCGGCAUAUAACGGGUGAUGAUGACAACGGUGCAGCGCAACGACAACGAUGCCAUAGAAAACCCUAGGAAAGUAAAACCACACAUCAUCACAAUCAAUUGAAUAGCUCAAUCUAAUUGGACUAAGUCCAGUCAUCAGCAAGCAUACGACAAUUUGAAUAGGCAGAAAACGUGAGAGGAGGAGAGCAUAAAUAGUUUAAGAUACAACUCAGUACUAAAUACUAGUAAAGCUACUUUUUAUAAAAGUUUCUUGUAACUUGCGUAAAAGCGCGGAAAAGUGGUUUACACACACACACACACACACACACUCAAACACUAACACA